UGCCGCGGUGACACAGUCAUGAUGGCCGCCGUGCGUCGGUUUCUGGCUCUUCGAAACAAGUUCACCAGCUCUUCAAACGGUUUAAGCCUUUACUUUAAUAGCAGACAGUCAUGGAGGGAAAGAGCAGUUCUGAGGCGUGUAGGGACAGGACUGUGUAUCACUGUCGGUGGAUUCGCUGUUGUUUACUACCAGCCCAAUGCGAGUCUGCGUGCAUUGUUUUCUCCGUUGCCAGCAGUGGCUGCAAAAGAGAAGGCCAGUGCAUCUGCUGAAGAUGAAGAGGUUUCGAUGUCGGCCCAUGAGCACAGGUUCAGGCUCUUCAGUUCACUGGAGUAUGAUGGACAGCUUUAUAUGACUCCCCUCGACUUCAUUGAGUCCGUCACAAUGAGCGAACCAAAGAAAAAGAGGUUUUGGAAAUCCCUCACAAAGCAGGAUCUAGACAAGAUUCUGUCAGAUACGCCACCUGUUUGGAAAGGAUCAUCCCGUCUGUUCCGAAACCUGUGGGAAAGAGGUGCCAUCGCUUACACAGAGUAUCUGUUUCUACUUUGCAUUUUGACAAAGCCGCAUGCAGGUUUUAAAAUAGCUUUCAAAAUGUUUGAUGCAGAUGGCAAUGAAAUGGUGGAUAAGAGGGAAUUCAUGGUGCUGGAAGAGAUAUUCCGUAAGAAAAAUGAAAAGAAAAAAGAACGGGGAGGAGAUCCUGACAGUUACUCUCAACUGAGCGUGGAACUGUAUGGACAUCAUGGAUCUGUCAGCAGCAAUGUACUUAAAAAAGAGCAGCCUCAGUCUGAACCCAGAAGUUUCUGGGAUGUUCUAAGGCUUGGUGCGAGAAUAGUUCUCUUUUCAGAUCUGAUGGAGCACGAACCAGAAAAUGUCACCUACACAACCCUGCUGGUGCAUUUCUUUGGAAGAAAGGGCAAAAGUGAACUUAACUUUGAUGACUUCUACAGAUUCAUGGACAACCUGCAGACGGAAGUCAUUGAGAUUGAGUUCCUCAGCUAUUCCAAGGGAAUGCCCACCAUCAGUGAGGAAGACUUCGCUCGGAUCCUGCUGCGUUACACCACAGUGGAGAACAUCACAGGCUAUCUUGAGAAUGUGCGUCAAAGCAUACCCGAUGAGAAGGGCAUCACGUUUGAAGAUUUUAGGACCUUUUUUCAGUUCCUCAACAACUUAGAGGAUUUUACCAUUGCCAUGCAAAUGUACAACUAUGCAAAUCGCCCAAUUGGACAAGAUGAGUUUGCACGUGCGGUCUAUGUGGCCACUGGCCUGAAGCUGUCACGACAUCUCGUGAACACUGUUUUCAAGAUCUUUGAUGUGGACCAUGAUGAAUGCCUCUGUGAUUAA